UGUGUUGGAGGAGCUAGCCAGCUUUAGCUAUAGCUCACAUUAACCAUUCACGACAUAAGGCGGACUUGAGGCUGCAAAAGAAAGAAAAGAAAAGGCGAAAUAAGUAGGCUAGUUGUAUACAAAAAUCUGAGUAGUCUAACAUCUAGAAAGGUUGUAAGGGAGCCGGCGCAAUUUGUUUCCGUCAUUGUAUAUUUCUUUAUGGUUUUGUGGUGUCGUGCUUUUUAUAUAUGGGGUUUGGAAAAGGACUUCGGUAAUAAUUGCUAUUGUCAUCAGCCUGAACUUCAGCUGUGACAUUAUUUAGGAAAAACAUGAGUUCCUAUUUCGUCAACCCUCUCUUUUCAAAAUAUAAAGGUGGCGAGACCUUGGAAACAACUUACUACGAUUGCAGGUUCCCUCAAAGCGUCACACGAAGCCAUGCGCUGGUGUAUGGAGCAGGAGCGGCAGCAUCAGGCUUUCAGCAUCCGCCUCAUCACGUCCAAGAUUUCUUUCACCAUGGGACGCCGGGAAUAUCAACACCGGGUUACCAACAGAACCCAUGCGCACUGGCUUGCCGUGGAGAUGCCUCAAAAUUUUAUGGAUACGAAGCUCUGCCCAGACAACAGCUUUAUGGUACCCAACAAGAGGCUAGCGGGGCACAAUACCCAGACUGUAAAUCGGCAAAUGGCACCAACAUCGGAGAAGAACAAGGCCACUUAACAAAUCCUCCAAGUCUACUGUUUCCGUGGAUGAGACCGCAUGCUCCAGGAAGACGCAGUGGUCGUCAGACCUACAGCCGAUACCAAACUCUGGAGCUGGAGAAAGAAUUUCUGUUUAAUCCAUACCUCACCCGUAAACGUCGGAUCGAGGUAUCUCACGUUUUGGGAUUAACAGAACGACAGGUGAAGAUUUGGUUCCAAAACCGACGAAUGAAGUGGAAAAAGGAGAACAACAAAGACAAAUUUCCAGGCCAAAAAGGACAGUUAGAGACCGAGGGCAAAACAGAGGGUGAGAUCGACGGAGAGAGAGAAGAAGAGUGCAACGAUGACGCCGUAGCAGCCCAGAUUGAUAAAAAGGAAACUGGAGACGAAGAAGAUACAAAAGAAUAAUCUUAUUCUAAAUGUAUAAGUGAUAUGCUUGGUCCUAACAUGAGGAAGGGGGGAGAAAGAAAAGGGUGCGCGUGUGUAUGGUGGUGGGGGUGGGUUGUAAAGAUGAAAAUAACAUUUUUGACCAUCCUUUUAUUAAGACAAUAAGUGAAUAAGUAAAUCGUUUUUAUUAAAUUAUUUGGAGAAAAAAAGCUCUGAUCCCCAUUGUGUAAAGCACUUGGUUCAUGUUCUAAUCACUAAUGCACAACUUGGAGAUAUGGAUCCAUAUUAGCCUGUAGGCUAUUAUAUGAUUUGAAAUACAAUAUUUAGGUUACACUAACUGUGUGAUCUUAUCUGAAAAUCAUUUGACUGUUUAUCUUAGUUCAUGGGAAAAUAUGAACUUUCUUAUUUUCCAAUAAGUUUCCAAAGUUUCCAAAUCCGAAUGUGGACAAUUAAUGCUACCUAUAUGGGAAUAUUCAAUAGAGAAUUGACGAUCAUGUAAAAUAGGCCUAUAUCCAGGUAAAUAUUGUAUUGCCAUCUGUUUGCAUUAGGCCCAUGCAUAUUUGUCUUUCUUCAAUAUCUAUAAAACAUACAUUUUUUUCUCUGAGCAGUAUAAUGCAGCAGACUACCUAUUUGGGAUCUUGUUUUCCAGCUGACAACUUGAUUGUUGGAAUAGCGAAACCAAACUACCUACUACUACUGCUACUGCUCAAAUAUAAGUUCUGACCAAGGCUACACUGAUUGGCAAAUUAAUGACUUGACAUAAUCAGGACACUACCAUUGUGCACUUGUUUCUAUGAGUACAGUCCCUGAUGUGUGUACAGAUUGGAAAAAAAUCUGUCCGCGCCAUGCACGCAAUUUUUGGAUAAUUUGUGUACCAACAACUUAUACUUCCUAAAGGAACACACAUUUAUAUCACCAAUAUUGUAUAAUUUCAUCGAAUACGUGUAGUUAGACCUAUUUGUAUAAUUCAUCAGCUACUUUAUGAUUAUUUUAUUAUUACGGUGAUGAAAUAUCAUCAAAGUUUUUGUAUUGCACUGAAACAUCAAUGUUCGUAUUUUCGUAUGAAUAAGCUUGAUUUCUAAACAUUUUCAACAUAAGUGAUGUGCACACUCUUGACAUUGAGAUGUUCAAAUAAAUUGAAUGAAAACUC